GGUUCGCUUGACCAGGGCACGCGGGUCAUGCUCCAUGGUCAGGAGCCGUCGCUCAACCAGGUGGCUGUUCCGGAUGCCUCGGGUCGGUUUGUGUUUGAUGGCAUUCCGGAGGUGAACAGCCAGUAUCGGGUGGAUGUGGUGAGCAUGGAGUACGAGUUCAUGGCGGCGCGGGUCAUUGUGUCACCGGGCAAGAAGCCAAUGAUGCGGGCCAAGGCGGCAAACGACUCGACGAUCCGGCUGGCGUACCCGCUUGUGCUCAAGCCGAUCGCUCCUGCAGUUUUCCUUACCGAGCCGCAGACGACAUCGAUUCUCUCGAUGGUGCUGGGCAACCCCAUGAUCCUGAUGAUGGUGGUCAUGGGUGGGCUCUCCAUGCUCAUGCCCAAGCUGAUGGAGAACCUCGACGACGAGGCCAAGGAGGAGCUCAAGAAUUCAACCUUUGCCAAGUCGCAGGCCCAGGCCAACAACUUUGACGUCGUCGGCUCGCUGUCAUCAGCCGCGGCCUCGUGGUCCGCCCCCAGUGACGACACCCCGGCUCUGACUCCGUCCACCAAGGCGACCAAGUCCAAGAAGCGGCGCUGAAGUAACAUGCCGCCAUCAGAUCCCC